GUUAGGAGCUGCCUGAUCUCUGCUGUCAGCAGUGUGGUGAUUGUAAAGAGAGCCGGCACUAGGGAUGUUUGUCUUUUUCCUUUUCUUUUUUUUUUAUAUAUACACAGAACAGAUGAUAAAGAGAGAGGACAAGUGAUAGAGAAAGGAGUAAAGACAGGGCAGGAAGCAUAGAUGACAAAUAGCCGGCGGCACCGACAUUAACAAAUAAUUAACAGCAAGAAGCUGAAUACAUCACAGCUGCCCUCAUGAUGGUGACGCCAGACACGCUUACAGGAAAGACGGCCAUCGUUCCACUCUCUAUCACUCGUUUUUCCAUCUUUCUGUCUGUCUGUUCGCCUGUCUGUCUGCCCCUCUCUAGUCUCUCGCUGUUUGUCCGUCUACGUCUCACCCUCGUUCUCCCCCACAGAGAUACUUCUUCCUGGAGAAAGGCGUCCUGAAGUACGCCAAGUGCGGCGCUGAUGUGAGUACAAAGGCUCGCUGGCUGCCGGUCGCCUUGGUGGGCUUGUCAGUCUCAGAUGACUACAUAGAUACCUAAGGGAUGUGUCAUGCUGCUGGCAUUUCUCUCUCAGACUACCUGGAGGACACUGCAGUCUCUGCCUGUCCACACUUAAAGCCGUCAUUCAUCACCGCGCACCAGCCCACAUAAUUACACAUCAGCCGUGCAGAGGCAUCGCUUGCUGAGGACCGCGUGCACGAUGAUUGCGUCUAAAAGUUAUUGAGUUGGUGUAAAUCAGGGGGUGGCAUGGUGGGUUUGUGGUGAGCACCGUCGCCUCAAAGCAAGUGGCUCAUACAUCAUUUGGUCCUUACAAUUCUGCGUGGAGCUUGUGUGGGGUUCCACCCGCAUGCCACAGACGUGUAUGUUAGAUUGAGAAGGGUAAACUUCACGGGUGCAUUGACGUAGGUCUCUCCGUCAUGGCCAUUAAGAAGAAAGCCAAGUGCAUCGAUCUUGAUGCGGAGGAGCACAUCUAUCAUCUGAAGAUAAAAUCCCAGGAGCUGUUUGAUGAAUGGGUGUCCAAGCUGCGCCACCAUAGGCUCUAUCGGCAGAAUGAGAUUGCCAUGUACCCCAACGAGAAGCCCUACUACUACCCCCCGGCUGAGAGUGCCUCUAUGAGGAAGCGGACGUCCAUAGUGAGGCAGACCUCGGUCCAUGCUGCAGGAACUUUCUCUGGGAGCUGCAACAGCCAGGCCAAGGUGGCCGCCUGGCUCCAGUCAUCCGACGACCUGGACAAGUGCUCCAAAGACCUUUCAGUGUGUGAGUCCUAUCUGCUGGAGCUUAACCACCUGCUGCAAAGUAUGGAGGUCCUCCAUCGAACCUACUCGGCUCCGUCCAUCCAAGCCCUUCAGACAUCUGCAUACGACAGUCCCAAGAAGGAGAAAAGAACGCCAAGAAAAUGGCGCGCCAAGAACUACAACAAAGAUGCCAAAACAACUCUGCAGGUUCCCAGCUGCAUCUCCUCCGGCUUUAUCCGCCUCCAUGCCUCCAACCCCAACCUCUCCUCUGUUGCCCUGGGCAACGACAAGGCCUACCCCGAAUCGGUUGACACCCCUGUCGAUGUGGCGAAGCUGCAGGAGGACUUUUAUCGUGUUGCCAGUAACUUGCACAGCAGCAUGACGUCGGCCUUUUGCUCGCUGACGUCGGAGCGAGAGCGAUUAAAACAAGUCCUGGAAAACGAAACAUUACCUCCUACCUCACCACAGGUCCUCAGUUUGAAGAACACAUUAGCCAUGAAACAGGACUCCAUGGCCGAGACCCACCCCCUAGUACACCAAGUAUCCAAUGAGAGCAGAGCUUCUAUCGCAGAGUCGCUGUCUGAGUUCUUUGAUGCACAGGAAAUCCUGUUGUCUGCUAGUUCCUCUGAGAAUGAGGUGUCCGAGGAUGACUCUUACAUCAGCGACAUCAGUGACAACCUAUCCAUGGACAACUUCUGCAGCGACAUGGACCGUGAGAGACCAAACUCAGGCUGCGUGGAGAACGGCCCCCCGCAAGGCCAGCGCCGGUCCUGCCUGCCCUCGUUAGGUACCAACAGCAGCAACAUCAGUCUGUGGAACAUCCUGAAGAACAACGUCGGCAAAGAUCUGUCCAAAGUGGCCAUGCCGGUGCAGCUGAACGAGCCCCUAAACACCCUGCAGAGGCUGUGUGAGGAGCUGGAGUACAGCGAGCUUCUGGACCGGGCCGCCAGCACGCAGGACCCGUUAGAGCGCAUGGUGUACGUAGCUACGUUUGCUGUGUCAGGGUACGCGUGUAGCUACUACAGAGCUGGAGGGAAACCGUUCAACCCCAUCCUGGGAGAGACCUACGAGUGCGACCGGCCCGAUAAGGGCUUUCGCUUCGUCGCAGAACAGGUCAGCCAUCACCCACCUGUUUCAGCUUGCCAUGCAGAGUCUAGAAACUUCAUCUUUUGGCAAGACAUGAGAUGGAAAAACAAAUUUUGGGGGAAGUCAAUGGAGAUCGUCCCCGUUGGCACUACACAUGUAACCCUGCCUGGAUUUGGAGACCACUAUGAGUGGAACAAGGUGACUUCCUGCAUUCACAACAUCCUGAGCGGGCAGCGCUGGAUCGAGCACUACGGGGAGAUCAGCAUCAAAAACUCCAGCAGCGACGCCUGCCAGUGCAAGAUCACCUUUGUCAAGGCCAAGUACUGGAACUCAAGUGUGAAUGAGGUGGAGGGAACUGUCACAGAUCGCAAAGGGAAGGUCAUCCACAGACUGUUUGGAAAAUGGCAUGAGGGUGUUUAUUGUGGGGCGCCGCCUUCAGCCACCUGCAUUUGGAGAGCGAAUGCGAUGCCACCGGACCAUGAACAGUACUACGGCUUCACCAAAUUUGCCAUUGAGCUGAAUGAGUUGAACCCCUCCCUAAAACUGCUGCUACCACCCACAGACACCAGACUACGUCCAGACCAAAGACUCCUGGAGGAGGGGCACUUGGAGGCCGCCGAGGAGCAGAAACAGAGGAUUGAACAGCUGCAGAGGGACAGGAGGAGAGUCCUGGAGGAGAACAGCGAAGCACAUCAGCCCCGAUUCUUCAGGAAGUCAAAGGACGACACCUGGAUCAGUAACAACACUUACUGGGACCAAAGGAAGAUGCCUGGCUUAGUUCACUUGGACUUCCCUGUGCUGUGGUGACCCGUUUCCUGCAGGACGCACGUUCAAACUCCUAGUUCUGUAACUGGAACCCGGAGCGGUUCUGGUCCUGCGCCGUCCUCCAUAGUCUGCCAGUCGUUGUUCUGCAAUCAUUAAUGGUUGUCAGUCAUCUUUGUUGCAUUUGUUCAAACAUUUUGCCUUAAAUAGUAAAUGUGCAUCUAUGUUGUGUUAAGAUAUUUAUACAACCAUAUUAUAUGAAUGUCGAUGAAUUUAUGCAAAGUUUGCGCAGGUUUCUGCGCGUUACGCUACACGGUACCGAUAAAGACGACCACAGAAAAGCUUUGUGGUACGAGAAGGUGCCGAGGGGAUUCUGAACGCUGAGGUCAUGGAAAAAAAAAAUAUCUUAAUUUCUCGCUGCACUACACUUGCUUUAUUUAUUAUUGGCCCUGUUGGUCACCGUAAAUGUCAUCUUUACAUGGACAUUCUCUACCUCUGAGGAGAAACAAAGCCUUGUCACACGAAACUAUCCUGCACCUGUCUUGAUGCCUUAACUGGUUGAAGUUUUCACGUUCAAUAAUUAUGUCGUUAGUUCAUUAAAAGACAUCUUCAAGGUGAAAUAUUGUUUAUCUUAAACGUCUUUCCUUAAAUCUUUACAGAAUACUUUUUUCUUUUCUUAUAACCGGAAUUUGUUUCUGUUUAU